GGCAAGGAGUUUGGCUACAGUGGGCCAGUCUGUCCCAGGAGAGGGAGGAGAGAACCUGGAAAGUUGUAGGCAGGAGGCGGAGUUGCACAGAGAUCCUGGCCAGCCCCGAGCUGCUGCUGCUGUCGGCACAGAUCAGGGGACUGAGGGCCACCUUGCAGCAGCACAGCCACCUGAUUAGGAACUUUACAGCGUGCUUGUUCCCUGGCAUCUUGUGUUUGAGUCCAGAUCUGUCAGGGGAGAGCUGAACAUCUGUAAUGAGCUGUAUGGGGAUAAUUCACUUUCAAGCUCUGCUGAGGCUGCUGUGAGUGAGCUGCACCGUUCUCACCGCGGGCAGGGAUCUUAGCAGCCUGUGACUUAAAGGCACCCCGACCUGCUGCUGUAUUUCUCAUCAUCAUCCGAUCCGAUGUACUUGUGUAAGUGAGCAGGUUCUUCAGGCUGCCAAUGAUCAGGGGCCACGCUUGUAGCAUGAUGGAUUACAGGCGACGAGGAUUUCAUGUGAUUGUGAUUUUCUUUGGAUUUACGCAGUUCAUUCUUCAUUCAGAAGGUGCCUGUGUCUACCAAGGUUCGCUGUUUGCGAAUAACACAGAAUGGAAACCAGAUUCUUGUCAGGACUGCAUGUGUCAUGAUGAUAUUGUUGUCUGUGAGACCACCUCUUGCAGAGACCCCCAGUGUGACUUUUCCAAGGGAGAGGUUUUACGGAUUGAACCCAGCAAGUGUUGUCCUGAAUGUGGCUCAAGAACUCAAGGAUUUUGUCAACAUAAUGGAACAACCCAUGCUCAUGGAACCCAGUGGGAGGACUCUGAAUGCACAAUAUGCUCAUGUUGGAACAGCAAAGUAAGCUGUACUUCGAAGCCUUGCCCUAACCUGAGAUGUAGGAAGUGGGAAAAUGAGCAUGUCGCACCAGGAGAAUGCUGCCCGGUAUGUGUGGGAACCGGAGAGCCUUGUUCUCUUGAUGGCAGCAUGGUGCUGGAUGGAGAGGAGUGGAAGCUGAGCCAUUGUUCCAGGUGUUCUUGCAGGAAUGGUGUUAUCCAAUGCUUAACUGCUGAUUGUCUGCCUAAAGUGUGUAGAAAGGAUGAAACCUUGGCCAUUGUUCCAGGAAAGUGUUGUCCCGAGUGCCUUCCAAAAUCCUGUCACGUUGGAGAAAAAACAUAUGAGCAUGGGGUACAAUGGAAAAGAAAUCUGUGCACUACUUGUAUAUGUGACAAAGGAAUUGUGAAUUGUCACACAAAAACCUGCUACCCAGUGACUUGUGACAAGGGCCAGACAAAGAUAAAGCGUGAUGGCAAGUGCUGUGAGCAGUGUGUGCCAUCCAAAGGAAGCUGCCUGUAUGAGGGCUCAGUGCGGUAUCAUGGUGAUCUGUGGAAUGGAAGUUCUUGUAAUUUCUGCCUGUGUGACCAAGGGAAAGUCAGCUGCCACAAAGCCCAGUGUGCCAAAGUGGAAUGCUCAUGGGGAGAAAAGCUAGUUCAUUUGGAUGGUAAAUGUUGUCCUGAAUGUAUGCCAAGUACAAGCUACUGUAUUUAUGAAGACCAUGGCAAUCAGGAUUCUGAUUCUGAUUUAAGUGGAAUUAAACAUUUGGUGAAUGGGGAGAAGUGGACAGAAGGAGCAUGCAGACAGUGUGAGUGCCAGCAAGGCCAGGUUGUUUGCUUCUCACCAUCGUGCCCUUCAUGUCCUCUUGGAACCCUUGCCGUGAGUGUGGAGGGAGAGUGCUGCCCACAAUGCAGAACAGAUCACUGCAACCCAGACUGCUUAACCUGCUCUCAGUCUAUUGAACACUGUGACAUCUGCAGCGAUGAGGCUCAUUUGCUCCAGAAGGGGCACUGUGUGGUCAACUGUGGCUCAGGCUUUUAUCAGGAUGGAAAAACAUGUCAAGAAUGUAAGAAGUCCUGUUCCAGCUGUAAAAAUGGAUUAGAGUGUACAUCUUGUGUGGGUUCCCUGCUGCUGAAACAUGGCCAGUGUGUCCCCACCUGUGGAGAUGGGUACUAUAAGCAACAUCAUCACUGUGAAGCUUGUCAUGAAUCCUGUUCAGUGUGCCAUGGUGCCUCAGAAGGUGAUUGCGUUACCUGCAGGGACCCUUCACAGGUGAAUAUAGGUGGCAAGUGCAUAAGCAACUGUGGCCAUGGAUUCUACAUGAGGAAUGGAACCUGUGCAGUGUGUGACUCUACGUGUCAGUCAUGUUCACCUGAUGGCAGAUGCUUUACUUGUGCCAAUGGCAGAAAGUUUCACAGAGGUACCUGUGUUUUGGAAUGUCCUGGUGGCUAUUAUGCAGAUUCUUCAGCAUUAUGUACAGCCUGUCACAGAGAGUGUGCAUCCUGUUCUGGUCCGCUAGCCAACCACUGUACUUCCUGUUUGCCUCCUCUUGGCUUAUUAAAAGGGCAGUGCCUUCUUGACUGCGGUGAAGGAUUUUUUUCCGAUAAAAGUGUCUGCACUGCCUGCCAUCCAUCUUGCCGUGCCUGCCUGGGCCCAGAACAUUCACACUGCACUAAAUGCAUAAAUCCAGAGCAAGGGCUGCAGGUAGUACAAGAAUAUGCAGGAAAGCCUUAUGGGACGUGUCAGACUCAUUGCAAUCUCUACUUUUAUAUGGACAGUGUUGGCAUCUGUCGAGAUUGCCACCCUUCCUGUAAAAGUUGCUCUGGUGAAGAUAAAAGUAACUGUACAUCCUGUCCCUCACAAUAUGUGCUACAUGGAGGAGUAUGUUUGCAAAGAUGCCCUGAUGGAUAUUACAACAAGGAGUCAACUUGCUACACAUGCCAUCCAUCUUGCAAGGAAUGUAGUGGGCCUUCUGAUGCAGACUGCCAGACCUGCCAUCCACAUGCUGUUCUGACUGAUGGAAGAUGCAAAACCCACUGUGCAGAUGGGCAGUACCUCAACCUAGUGGGCUACUGUGUGGAUUGCCAUCCUCAGUGCCAAUAUUGUGUUGCAAACCUACAAGACACAGGUAGUGUUUGCUUGAAGUGUCAGUAUUCUCGAUACUACUUUAUUGAGGAUCGCUGUGUAUCGGAGUGUCCAGCUGGAUUUUAUACAGACGGAAGAAGCUGUAAACGCUGCAACCACUCCUGCAAAACAUGCAGUGGACCAUGGAUGGAUUCCUGUACUUCCUGUGAGGAUGGUCUUAUUUUAUCUCACAAUGGCAUGUGUGUGCAAAGCUGUUUCCAAGGUUAUUACAGAGCUGGGCAAGUCUGCAAAGCCUGCAACAGUCAGUGUUUAACCUGUGACUCAGCAAGCAGUUGUACUUCUUGCAAAGAUCCAAGCAAAGUUCUUCUGUUUGGGGAAUGCCAGUAUGAAAGUUGCACUCAACAAUAUUAUCUUGACUACACCAGUGGGACCUGCAAAGAGUGUGACUGGAGUUGUAACGCUUGCAAAGGGCCUCUAAAAAAUGACUGCCUACAGUGUAUGGAACACUAUGCUCUGCAUGCUGGGGCCUGCGUAGAACACUGCCCACCUGCCUUUUAUAAACAUGGGGAGACAUGUCGAGAAUGUGGAGAACACUGCCGUGUCUGCAGUGGGCCCUUUCAGUGCACUCAGUGUGAGACUCCAUUUUACUUACUGGAUGGACAAUGUGUCAGUGAAUGUGGAAAGCAGCACCGGAUAUCCCAAGUUGGCCGACUUUGUCUUGUUUGUCCACCUGGAUGUCUGGACUGUGAUGAGUCCAAGAGAUGUAAUUUGUGUGACAGGAAGACUUAUCUGAAGAAUCACCUUUGUGUGUCUCACUGUGGUACUGACUUCUCUGGCAAUCCUAUAAACAGAAGGUGUGAAGUAAAUGUCCAUGCCCCAGUACUUGUUGUCAAUGGGUCGCUAACAGUGGGAAUUGGUGCAGCGAGGUCUUUGGAUUUUUCCUUUAUGAAUGUAAAAGACCAGGACAACGAGAACAUAAGUCUUAUGUUUCAUGUAGUAAAUGUUCCCACAAAUGGACGAUUGGUAAAAUUCUUGGAUGGCAAAGAAAUUCACCUCUACAAAGACACUCACUUUAGUUGGGAGGAUCUGAAAGAAAAAAGAGUAUAUUUUAAGCACAACAGAGACAAACCGAGGAAUGGGGUUUUUGCCUUAAAAGUAAGUGACGGACAACUCUUUUCUCAACCAGAAAACAUUGAUAUACAAGCAGUAUCAACAAAGGCACCCUACAUCCUUAAGGAUGAAGUUCUUGUGGUUGCCAGGGGAGAGGCAGAAACUAUAUCCAGUUCAGUGCUGGAUCUGCAAGAUGAUGACAAUGCUCAAGAUGUUGUAUUGACUGUUCUAGAAAGUCCAAAAAAUGGCCAAGUGGUUAUUCUUCCUGGGAAGUCUUCUGCCCACAAAUUCCGGCUUGAUGAUAUCAGAAAUGGGAUCAUUCACUAUAUUCAUGAUGGAUCAGACAGCCAUUCAGAUGUAAUUCUUUUCCAAGCCAGUGAUGGAUACCAUUUCCUGAAUUUUCUUUUCCGUUUGAAAAUUACUGAAAAGCAAAGCAAAGGCCUUCAGCUUGUUCUCAACUCACCUUUGUGGUUGCCUGAGGGUGGAAUGCUACAAAUAUCCAAUAAGUUAUUGCAAGCCAGGGCUUCUGGUUCCAGCAACGAGAUCAUCUAUACAAUCAUUGAUGAACUCCCACGGUUUGGUGAUGUUGUUUUACUAGUGCCAAUGCCUGCUGAUGGCCCUGCAAAUGGAUGGCAGCGCCUGCCUGAUGGCAGAGUAGCCACACAAACCUCCUCAUUUACCCAACAGGAUAUUAAUGAAGGACUUGUGUGGUACAGACAGUCUGGGUCUCAUUCACAAGGGAAAGACUCAUUUACCUUCCAGAUUUCGAGUGCAACUUCUCAGACGCCACAGGACAGUCAUGUCUUCAGCAUUGGUAUUGUUCCAAACCAUCCUGGGGCCCCUCAACUGUCUCCUGGAUCCUCUCUUCAUAUGACUGCACUUGAAGACCGUUUGACAGUGAUUGGAUCCCAUUAUCUUUCUUUUGUUGAUGCAGAGAGCCCAAGUGAAAAAAUAGUCUACAAUGUAACUGUGCCCUUGCGCCCAAAUGAAGGGACCUUGGAACACAAAGGCAGGCCUCUCUCCUCAGUGCCAUACUUCACACAGGCAGACAUUAACCAAGGCAAGAUUGUAUACCGGCCGCCCAGAGCUGCAACACACCUGAGCGAAAUUGCUGAGUUUUCCUUUGCAGGACUUCCUGAAUCUGUGAGAUUCUUCUUCACAGUCUCAGAUGGGGAAUUCACCACAGCAGAAAUGCCGUUUACCAUCCAUUUGCUCUCUUCUGAGCACCAGCCUCCUGUCUUUCAGCUGAAAUCACCAUCUCUGGAGGUCACUCAGGGAGGCAGAGCCCCCAUUGGAGUUCAGCUAUCAGUAACUGAUACAGACACUGCACCAGAAGAUUUGUUUUACCAGCUGGUAGAGCCACCCCGGCAUGGUCUCCUAAUGAAAUCUGAAGCUGGCAUGCAGGAUCCCUUGAAUCCAGGGGAUACAUUCACAUAUGAAGAUGUGAACAGGAAUGUGCUACAUUAUGUUCAUGAUGGUUCAGCCUCUACAGAGGAUAGUAUGGAGAUUGCUGCUAUAGAUGGAAUAACCUCUAGCACAACAAUUGUAAGGGUAAUAGUGUCACCAGCAAAUGACAAUGGGCCUCGUCUUGUUCCUGGUUCUCUACUGGCUAUUACCGUGGCUAGUGGAAACUCUGUUAUGAUAAGAAGAUCAAAUCUGGCAUACAUGGAUAAUAAUUCUCCUGAUUCAAGCAUCAGGAUCCAGUUGGUCUCCCUGCCAAUGUAUGGCAUUCUCACCAAGACAAAGCCAGGUCAAUCUGCUGAAGAGCUCUCGGAAUUCUCUUCUUUUACGAUGGAAGAUAUAAACAGUGGAAACAUUAAGUAUACUACAAUUAUUGAAUCUGACAGCCAAACAAUCACAGACAUUUUCCACUUUACUGUAUACAAUGCUCUCAACUUCCGUCUGGACAAUCAGAUGUUUACAAUAACAAUUACAUCUGCUGAGCGACAGCUUCCUGUCACUACAUCUGCCUCUGAAAUUACUGUAGAAGAAGGAGGGAGAGUUUUGAUACCUUCACACUACUUGUUUUCCAGAGAUUUUUUAACAUUUGGGGGUCAAUUGAGAAUUAAAAUAAUUAGUUCUCCAAAGUUUGGCUACUUGGAAAACAUUAAACAUGGUGGAAGAACAUCACCUGGAGGUCAAAUAGGCUCGGAUACCACAUUUUCUGUGCAAGAUUUUAUGGAAAACAGAAUUUACUAUGUCCAAAGUAUUCAUGACAGCAAUGAGCCAAGCAGUGACUACUUUAGUUUCUUUAUGACGGAUGGAACCAGACAGUCUGAGACUUACAACCUAAGCAUUGCCAUACAGAACAAGAAUGAUGAACCACCUAAAAUUGUUGUACUGCCUCUAAAAAUUCAUGACAAAUCAGGAGCAGUAAUACAGAAUAGCUGCUUAAGUGUUCAGGACAUAGAUACUCAAGAUAAUGAGCUUGUUUUCACUGUAACUAAAACACCAAUGAAUGGUUACCUACGCAGAAGGCAAUUUUAUUCCGAGCCCUUGGAUAAUGGAAGGGUUCUGUCACAAGGAGCAUCUUUUACCUACCAGGAUGUUCUAGAUGAGCUGAUUGUUUACAUCCCAGAGAAUAUGGCUAUUGCAUCAGAUGAAUUCAGGUUCUCCCUAUCAGAUGGAGUCUUCACUGAGAAUGGAAGGGUUCAGAUUUCCAUAGAGCCACAAAGGAAAGAGCCUCCAAGGAUGACUAUAAACAGAGGCUUACAAAUUUCAGCAGGUUCAAUAGCUACAAUCACUGAUCAGUAUUUAAAGGGAACAGAUAUAGAUUCAGAUGCUGCUAAGCUCAGAUUCAUCGUAAAAAAGGAUCCAGCAGUUGGGAGGCUACAGAUGUCAAAGAACAACAACCUGGUGCAAAUAUCUGCAAAGGGGCCAGUUAGUAGCUUUACUCAAACAGAUGUCAAUAAAGGGUAUAUUCAAUACAAGCAUGAGAAAGGAGACCAAGGUGGAAGCUUUGCCUUUAAAUUUGAUGUGGUUGAUCCAGAAGACAAUAAACUGAUUGACCAGUCGUUCUAUAUUAGCAUAAUUGAAGAUAAAUUGCCACCAUCCAUUACUGCAAAUAAAGGGCUUACUUUGGAUGAAAACUCUUUGAAAAAAAUCACAACGCUACAACUGUCAGCUACCGAUCAGGACAGUGAGCCUCGAGAGCUCCUUUUCCAAAUUACUAAGCAGCCCAGUCUUGGUCACCUUGAGCAUGUGGGAACUCCAGGCAGAAAAAUUAGCAGCUUCAGCCAGGCAGACUUGGAGUCUCGCAGCAUCCAGUACAUUCACACCAGCGCAGAGGAAAAGCAUUCCGAUGAAUUCACCUUUACCGUUUCUGAUGGAUUCAAUGAGGUGUCUCAGACAUUUCAUAUCACCAUUAAUAAAGUGGAUGAUUCUUUGCCAGUGGUGCAGAAUUUGGGCAUGAGAGUACAGGAAGGUGUGCGGAAAACCAUCACAGAGUUUGAGCUUAAAGCAGUGGAUGCUGAUACAGAGGCAGAAUCUGUCACAUUUACCAUCGUUCAGCCUCCCCGGUAUGGUGUGAUUGAGAGGAGUAUCAGUGGUCAGAGCUAUCGCCAGACCACUACAUUCACUAUGGAUGACAUUUACCAGAAUAGAAUCAGUUACAAUCAUGAUGGAAGUAACACUCUUAAAGACCGGUUUUCUUUCACUGUUUCUGAUGGUACUAAUCCAUUCUACAUAGUGGAGGAAGGGGACAAAGAGAUUGUAACUGCAGCCCCUCAAAGGUUUAAGGUGGAUAUCCUUCCAGUGGAUGAUGGAACUCCAAGAAUUGUCACCAAUCUGGGUCUUCAGUGGUUGGAGUACAUGGAUGGCAAGGCAACCAACUUUAUUACAAAGAAGGAAUUGAUGACUAUGGACCCAGACACAGAAGAUAGGAACCUAAUCUAUGAAAUAACAAGUGGGCCUUUACAUGGCCAUUUGGAAAACAAACUGAAACCUGGUGCUCAGCUCACUUCCUUUGCACAAGAGGACAUAAAUUUGGGUUUGAUACAAUAUAUUCUGCAUGACGAUAAGCAUAAAGAGACAAUGGAUAACUUUAAGUUCCUUGUGAAAGACAGUAAACCUAACGUGGUUAGUGACAACAUGUUCCAUAUCCAGUGGUCCCUCAUUAGCUUCACACACAUGAGCUACAAUGUGAGUGAGAAAGCAGGCUCUGUUAGUGUCACUGUGAAGAGGAGUGGAAAUCUGAACCAAUAUGCUAUAGUGCUGUGUCGAACAGAACAGGGAACAGCCACAUCAAGCUCCAGUGUGGGCCUGAAACCUGGGCAGCAGGAUUAUGUGGAGUAUGCCGGACAGGUGCAGUUUGAUGAACGGGAGGACACCAAAGUUUGCACUAUCAUUAUAAAUGAUGAUGAAGUAUAUGAGAACAUUGAACGAUUCACAGUGGAGCUCAGCAUGCCUGCGUAUGCCUUACUGGGCCACAUUACUAAAGCCACAGUUAAUAUUAAUGACACAGAGGAUGAGCCCACUCUGAAGUUUGAGAAGAAGAUAUACCGUGCCAAUGAAAGUGCAGGGCUCCUCUCUGUACCCAUUGAGAGGAAAGGUGACCCAGCCAGCAUAGUGUCUGCCAUUUGCUACACAGUGCCUAAAUCAGCCAAAGGCAGCAGUUUCUAUGCACUUGAAUCAGGCUCUGAUUUCAAAUCCAGAGAAAUGUCCAAUGAAAAUCGUAUUAUUUUUGGACCUGGAGUUACAAUGUCAACCUGCGAUGUGAAACUAAUUGAUGACAGCGAGUAUGAGGAAGAGGAAGAAUUUGAAAUAGCUCUGGCUGAUACCUCUGAGAAUGCAAGAGUCGGAGAGAUUGCUGUAGCCAAAAUUGUGAUUGAAGGACCCAAUGAUGCCUCAACCGUCUCCCUUGGAAAUGCUACAUUCACUGUUAGUGAGGAUGCAGGCUCUGUUGAAAUACCUGUAAUACGAAGUGGACCAGAUCUCUCUGUUCCUACUUCAGUGUGGUGUGCAACCCGCCCUUCGGAUCCUUCUUCUGCCACUCCUGGAAUUGAUUAUGUUCCCAGCUCCAAGAAGAUAGAAUUUAGGGCAGGGAAAACCAUUGAGUACUGCACUUUGACUAUAAUGGAUGACACCCAGCACCCAAUGAUUGAAGGCCUUGAGACAUUUGUGGUUUUCCUAAGCUCUGCACAAGGGGCAGAACUUACCAAGCCAUUUCAGGCUACUGUGACAAUAAAUGACACUGUCCAGGAUGUACCCAGCAUGCAGUUUGGUAAGGAGGUCUUCACAGUAAAGGAAAAAGAUGGAGUCUUGCAUGUCCCUGUGCUGCGUACCGGGGACUUAAGCUAUGAAUCUUCAGUACGCUGCUACACACAGUCUCAAACUGCGAGAGUGAUGGAUGACUUUGAAGAAAGAAGAAAUUCAGAUGAUUCACGAAUUAUAUUUUUGAAAGGAGAAAAAGUUAAAAACUGCACUGUUUUAAUAAAUGAUGACUCCGUAUUUGAGCCAGAAGAACAGUUUAAGAUUUACCUUAGCAAUCCACUUGGGAGUCACUGGAGUGGAGCUAGAACUGGAAAAAAUGACAUAGCUACCAUUACUAUUUCCAAUGAUGAGGAUGCACCAACUAUUGAAUUUGAGGAAGCUACAUAUCAGAUUAGAGAACCUCAGGAGCCAGAUGGCGUUGCUAUAUUAAACAUCAAAGUGAUCAGAAAAGGAGAUCAGAACAGGACAUCAAAGGUCCGCUGCAGCACACGUGAUGGAUCUGCACAGUCUGGAGUUGAUUACUACCCCAAAAGCCGUGUUUUAAAGUUCAGCCCUGGUGUGGAUCAUAUUUUGUUUAAGGUGGAGAUUCUGUCCAAUGAAGACAGGGAGUGGCAUGAAUCAUUUUCCCUGGUUCUUGGCCCAGAUGAUCCCAUUGAGGCUGUUCUUGGUGACAUCACGACAGCCACAGUGACAAUCCUGGACCAGGAAGCAGCCGGCAGUCUGAUUUUACCUUCCCCUCCCAUUGUGGUGUCAUUGGCUGAUUAUGAGCAUGUGGAAGAGGUCACCAAGGAAGGUGUUAAGAAGUCUCCCUCUCCUGGAUAUCCAUUGGUGUGUGUGACACCAUGUGACCCUCACUUUCCAAAAUACACAGUGAUGAAAGAACGUUGUGAGGAUGCUGGCAUUAACCAGUCUACUAUCUUAUUUAGCUGGGAAGUAGCAACGCCAACAGAUUCCAAUGGAGCCAGAUCCCCUUUUGAGACAAUCACUGACACAACUCCUUUUACUGGUGUCAAUCACAUGGUCCUGGACAGCAUUUACUUCAGUAGGCGGUUCCAUGUACGGUGUGUUGCCAAAGCUGUGGAUAAAGCUGGACAUGUUGGGACACCACUACGAAGUAAUAUCGUAACUAUAGGAACAGAUAGUGCUAUCUGCCAUACUCCUGUUGUAGCAGGAACUGCCCGAGGAUUUCAAGCCCAGUCUUUCAUUGCCACAUUGAAAUACCUGGAUGUCAAACACAAAGAACAUCCCAAUAGGAUUCACAUAUCUGUUCAGAUUCCACAUCAAGAUGGCAUGUUGCCUUUAAUUUCAACCAUGCCACUGCACAACCUCCAUUUCCUUCUUUCGGAGUCAGUUUACCGUCACCAACAUGUUUGCUCUAACCUUGUCACUGUUCGUGAUCUUCGAGGCAUCUCAGAAGCUGGUUUCCUGGAUGAGGUGACAUAUGACAGCAUAGCUGUGGGCCCUGGAUAUGAUCGGCCAUACCAGUUUGACCCUAAUGUCAGAGAACCAAAAACUAUCCAACUCUACAAACAUCUAAACCUAAAAAGCUGCAUAUGGACAUUUGAUGCCUAUUAUGACAUGACUGAGCUCAUUGAUGUUUGUGGAGGAGCAGUGACAGCAGAUUUUCAGGUGAGAGACUCUGCUCAGUCCUUUCUCACAGUCCACGUGCCUUUGUAUGUCUCUUACAUAUAUGUGACAGCUCCAAGAGGAUGGGCAUCCUUGGAGCAUCACACAGAGAUGGAAUUCUCAUUCUUCUAUGAUACUGUUCUCUGGAGGACUGGGAUUCAGACAGACAGUGUGCUCUCUGCCAGGCUUCAGAUUAUUAGAAUUUAUAUUCGUGAGGAUGGCCGUCUUGUCAUUGAGUUUAAAACGCACGCCAAAUUUAGAGGUCAGUUUGUCAUGGAGCAUCACACCCUUCCUGAUGUGAAAUCUCACAUUAUGGCCCCUGACCACUUAGGUGGCAUUGAGUUUGAUUUGCUGCCUCUGUGGAGUGCCCAGACUUUUGAUUCUCCAUAUCAGCUGUGGAGAGCAACAAGUUCAUACAGCAGGAAGGACUAUUCAGGAGAGUACACCAUCUAUUUGAUUCCUUGCACCGUGCAGCCCACACAGCCAUGGAUUGAUCCUGGAGACAAGCCGCUGGCUUGUACAGCUCAUGCUCCAGAAAGGUUUCUUAUUCCAAUUGCCUUUCAGCAGACUAACCGCCCUGUCCCUGUUGUAUAUUCAUUAAACACUGAGUUUCAGCUUUGCAACAAUGAGAAGAUCUUUUUGAUGGACCCCACCAAAACUGAAAUGUCCCUGGCUGAGAUGGAUUAUAAAGGAGCCUUUUCAAAAGGUCAGACUCUUUAUGGCAGAGUCCUCUGGAAUCCAGACCAAAACCUCAACUCUGCCUACAAACUUCAGCUUGAGAAGGUUUAUCUUUGCACAGGAAAAGAUGGAUAUGUGCCUUUCUUUGACCCAACUGGAACAAUUUACAAUGAAGGUCCCCAGUAUGGUUGUAUACAACCUAAUAAACACCUGAAGCACAGGUUUCUGCUCUUGGAUCGCAACCAGCCUGAGGUGACUGAUAAGUUUUUCCAUGAUGUCCCCUUUGAUGCUUGCUUUGCAUCAGAAUCGCCAGAUUUUCAUUCCAUGGGCAGUAUGCCUGGAGUAGAUGGAUUUACAAUGAAGGUUGAUGCUCUAUACAAGGUGGAAACUGGACAUCAAUGGUACCUUCAGGUGAUCUACAUUAUUGGGCCAGAGACAAUGGCAGGGCCAAGGGUUCAGCGAUCUCUGACCUACCAUCUUAAACGCCACCGUAGAGAUAUAAUAGACAAGAAUGGCAGGCUGACCCUGGAUGAUUCUUUGAUUUAUGACAAUGAAGGAGAUCAAGUCAAGAAUGGCACCAACAUGAAGAGUUUAAGUCUAGAAAUUGAGGCCUCUGCAGCUUCCUCCUCACAGACUGGGGCUUCUGUUGGAAGUGCCUUUGCAGCUAUAAUGCUGUUGAUGCUAAUUUUAUUGGCUGUUUGCCUUAUAACACAGAAAUGUAGAAGAAAUAAAAAGAAAAUGCUGCCCAGGGAUAUGGUUGAGGAAUACCCACUUAACACAAAGGUGGAAGCAUCUAGAAAAAACAUAGACAGGGCUGAAAAGAAUUUCAAUAGGCAGCAUUGCACUGUCAGAAAUAUUAACCUUCUCAAUGAAAACAAAGACACCUAUGAAAUGAAGGGUGUCAAGGUAAAGCAAGUGAAUCUUGAAGUUAAAGUGCACAAUAAUCUACAUGACGGAACAGAAGUUUGAUGCCACACACAUUCAUUAAUUUGUAAAUUGUUUGUUUUUUUGUUUUCUUUUUUAUAAAGUGUAAAAAUAGAAAGAAGCACCAGUAUGUUUAUAAUCUGGGGUGAAAAAGGGAAAAGUAAUCACUGAGAGUUGGAUGGGCAUGCAGUACGUGCUUCAGCUCACAACUGAACUACCUCGUUAUGCCCAUGUGUGAGAUACAGGGGCACGAUGUGCUGUCUUUCCUACUGCCCUAACAAUGCACUGCACAUGUUGUAGACACUGCCACCGUAGGUCAAUGAUUUGUUUUUAUACUAUUUGUUCAACAUGCAUUCAUGUAUCCUAUCUAUAAUGACCACGCACAUGAGUCUACAUUGUUCUCAUUAUUUUAUUGCUAUCAAGUGCCUCCCUGCUGAGGUGUUUAGCAGGAAAGUGGUGUAAAACAAAUAAUUUUUAGUGAGUGGAAAUCAUCUUCCAAAUAACCAGUGGAAAGAUAAUGGAAGGUGUGAAUUGAUAGGAAGAGUGUACAAAAAUGUGUGAGAGAGAAUGGGAAUGAAAGGGAAGGUAAAGAAAACAUAGGAUUGCAAACAUUAUAAUACUUUUACUAUAGGAUUACAGAUAUAAGAAGACAAUUAUUAUGUAGCACACAAAGAAUUAUAUGAGGGAUGACCAAAAAAAGUACAAUUUUUAGAGAGAAAGUCAACGAUGGGGAAGGUAACAGGAGGCAUAUCGUUAGAUUUUAUUGACUCUAGCAAAAAAAUAAUAAUAAGGUGUAGAACUUCCGGUAAGGGUCAGGCCAGAUCAGUCUCUCACAUUAGAGAACACUCACAGAUUUGUAUGAUUACAAUACAAUACAAUACCUGUCUCCUUCUGCAUCAAACUCUCAUUUUCAAACUUUUUUUCUAAAGGAAAUGCAGAUAGGUAUCUAUUAGGGCAGGGCUGUCCACCUUAAUGUCUGUGGGCCAGAGGUGGCCCCCCAAAAGAUUUUUAUGUCCCUCAAGAGCUACCAAACUUUAAUGUAUGACAUCAUAAUUUUUUUUAGUAAUCUAGCCCUUGAAUACGUUGUAUGAGAUAUGAUUGGCCCAUGUACAGCAAUGUAUUAGGGCAAGUUGGAUCUAAUGUAUCUUAUAUAGAGUUAAUUGAUUAAUACAUUGUUCACAGAAUAAGGCUUUCUGUUAAAAUUGGAAUUUAUUACCUCAUUAUUAAAAAGUGCUAAAUACACUUACAAAAAAUUGUGACUUUAUAGAACACCACAUAUGCAACACAAUUUAGUGAACUUUUUUUCAUGUCCGUAACCUGAAUGUAUGACACUCUUGAAGCUCUAUCCACACAGUCAUAGUUAAUGAUAAUAAUUUUAGGUCCCAGUAUCACAAUUAAUUAAUAACCAUACAAAUUUCCUUUGCCACUUUGGGCAUGUCAGAAUGUAGUGUUCUUAAUACUAAGUUAUACAUUCAAAUUUUAUCUGGAAGCCUUAUUUAGUGAGUGAUCUUUUAGAUUAUGUAACAAAGGUAUUCCAGUCAACUCUAUACUAUUAACAAAGGUAUGCCAGUCAACUCAAUACUAGUAACAAAGGUAUGCCAGUCAACUCAAUACUAGUAACAAAGGUAUGCCAGUCAACUCUAUACUAGUAACAAAGGUAUGCCAGUCAACUCUAUACUAGUAACAAAGGUAUGCCAGUCAACUCUAUACUAGUAACAAAGGUAUGCCAGUCAACGCUAUACUAGUAACAAAGGUAUGCCAGUCAACUCUAUACUAGUAACAAAGGUAUGCCAGUCAACUCUAUACUAGUAACAAAGGUAUGCCAGUCAACUCUAUACUAGUAACAAAGGUUCACCAGUCAACUCUAUACUAGUAACAAAGGUAUGCCAGUCAACUGUAUACUAGUAAAAAGGUAUGCCAGUCAACUCUAUACUAGUAACAAAGGUAUGCCAGUCAACUGUAUACUAGUAACAAAGGUAUGCCAAUCAACUGUAUACUAGUAAAAAGGUAUGCCAGUCAACUCUAUACUAGUAACAAAGGUAUGCCGGUCAACUGUAUACUAGUAACAAAGGUAUGCCAAUCAACUGUAUACUAGUAAAAAGGUAUGCCAGUCAACUCUAUACUAGUAACAAAGGUAUGCCAGUCAACGCUAUACUAGUAACAAAGGUAUGCCAGUCAACUCUAUACUAGUAACAAAGGUAUGCCAGUCAACUCUAUACUAGUAACAAAGGUAUGCCAGUCAACUCUAUACUAGUAACAAAGGUAUGCCAGUCAACUCUAUACUAGUAACAAAGGUAUGCCAGUCAACUCUAUACUAGUAACAAAGGUAUGCCAGUCAACUCUAUACUAGUAACAAAGGUAUGCCAGUCAACUCUAUAUUAAGAAAUUACAUGCCCCAGUGGAGGCUUGCCUGCAUUUUCUUCAGAAUCCAGUAUGAAUUUUAUAUAAGUGAGAGCAUCCCUGUUAAUCGAGCGUGGGACUGUGUAAAAUUGUUCUGUCUAAUCUUCAGUCAUUUUUCAGCCUUCUGUCUCAAUCACAAUUGCCCUACAGACAGGAUUUUACUAGAUAUGGGCAAUAGGUUACUUUUAAUUAGUAAAAGUGGCUCUUGCAAAUAUACCUUUAUAUGACAAAAAUGUAUGUAGAUGUUGUGGGGGGUUUGUGAUCAUUGAGGAAUUGAAGAAAUUUCUUCCACAGGAGAAAUGUAAUUCUUCUUAGCAAUGGUUUAUUAAGAAUUGUCUGUCCCUGGACAUUGCAAUGUAGCCUGCUGCAGUCGUACUACUGAUUGGUGAUUAAAAAGCCUAAAAAAAUGCCAUAAGUUUUCCUAUCACACAUUGUCAAUGUAGGUAAGUAUGAAUACAACAUGGGCUCCAUAAGGAGGGGCCUUAUAGUACACACGUUAUUUGUGAACACUAUUUAUUACUGAGAAUAUAAUUCCACUCUUGCCUUUAUUUUUUCCUUUUUCACUGUUGUCAAGAGCACUGGUAUGGACCGAAGAAAGUAUUUUUUAUACAUGUUCUAUGCAAUUUGACUCCUCUUUGGAGGUGAAGCUUGAUUUCCAGACUACAGGAUAGGGUGCCUAUGAAUUUCUAUAUUUAUAGCUUCUAUAUUUGGACAAUAAAACAUAGGCAAGCACUGGUGGAGUCUGAGAAAAAAAAGCCACAAUUUUGCCAAAAAAAAAAAAGGAGAAAGAAAAAAAUAUAUAUUUAACCUGUUUGCACUUCGCAAUCAAUGUUGACUACUUGUGUAUAAUAUUUCAACAAUGGUCCAAAAACAUGUUAUCAGUUGUAAAAAAAAAAUGAAAUUUACAUUUUAUUUAGCAUAAGCUAUACCUAUAUUUUUAUUACAUAUUGUUAAACCACUGUAAUUUCAACAUAUUUUAAAUGCCUUAUUUUGGGAACCAACAAAAAAAAGUCUUGACAUUUGCGUAGUUUAAGGAGAACUAAAGCCCCUCAGGAACUUUUGGCCAGUUUGUCUAUUUUACUGCAUAGAGCUUCUUCCCCUACUUAUACCAUGGCCCUCAAGUCUGUCCCCCCUAUUGCUAUUACACGGCAAUCCAAGUUGUCUGCUUUCCAUCCUAUUUCAUUUAUGCACAGGUAAUAGCUCAUGUGCAUUGGGUAUCUAUACCAGUUUCACAGUUGCUUGACCCAUGGUGAAAAGGGGAGACGUUCCAGACAGGACCUGGGCUUUAAAUAGGGGAGAUUGUAAGUGAGGAAAACCUUGAGUUUCCUGGAAAUGCUUUAUGUAGGAAAAGUGGAAAAAAGUUCUUGUAGGCCUCUAGUUUCCCUUAAAGCUCAGGGGAUGGGUAUUGCCAGACCCUCUUUAGUUUUUGUGAUUUCCAGUCAGCCUGCUGAGAAUGAUAGAUAUAUAGCUCAGUAACUGCUGGAAGGAAACACAUUACCCAUCUCCUGUAGUAUACCAUGGAGGUGCGUAAACUACUGCUUCUAGGGCCCAGCUAUUUGGGUACGUUGGUACAUGUUGGAUAUGAUGUUAUGUAAUUCACAGCAGCUGGAUGGCAGAGAGAGCUAUGCAGUUAGAAUACAGGAACGAGAUUGGCUGCUGUGGAUAUUUUAUUGCCUUUCACUAUGUACUGAAUAGAUUGUUGCUGACAAUUGUAUUGUAUACAUUCUAGCCUAUGUGCACAGAGCAGUAUGCUCCCCAUGGGUAUACAGAGUCUUCUCAGUUGCUAGAAGUCCUGUGUAUUCCUACGAUAAGUCUUUGAGAUGACUCAGUUACCCUGUUAUGGUGCUGUAUAACAUUGUAGGAAAAUGUCAGUGUCUAUCUUGUUAUUUUAUUUACAUAUAUCUAUUGUAUCUGCAAAAUACUGUGUGCCAUAAAACAUACUUAUUUGUACUAAUAAAAUGAAUUUUGGUUA